GCGGGGUUUGUUAGAAAUACGGGUUGGACGAAGGCACUAAGGACUUCCAUUUCCGUUUUAAGAUGGCAGCCACCGUCAAGAAAUCUGUUGCGGUCGAAGAUGUCAAUGUCACGUUUGAAGACCAGCAGAAGAUCAACAAGUUUGCUAGGAGCACAAAUCGAAUGUCUGAGUUGAAAGAUGAAAUAGAAGCCAAAAAAAAAUCUUUACAGAAUUUAGAGGAUGCAAGUGAUGACCUUAUGAUGCUGGAGGACGACGAUCUUUCCAUCCCAUAUCAUAUCGGAGAUGUUUUCAUCAGCCACACUCAGGAGGAGACGCAGGAGAUGCUUGAGGCUGCUAAGGAAACUCUAAAAGAGGAAAUUAAAUCUCUGGAAGGUCGAGUGGCAUCAAUACAGGAAGUGCUUGGAGAUCUCAAGGUCCAGUUGUAUGCCAAAUUUGGGAACAACAUUAAUCUAGAAGCAGAUGAAAGCUGAAUGCUUCUGUAUUUGGACUUUUUCACAAAUGGACAACGUUCAGUUUCCUAUACCGAGCUUACAGCAGCACUAGUCAUCGCUUCAGUCUUGUAGGAGAGGAUUUGUUUCUGUAUUUAAAAUAGAUGUAUUUCUUUUAACAGAACAGGCUGAUUAAAAAACAACAGUUAUUGCUGUUAAAAUAAAGUACGAACUGAUGAA